AUGGGAAAGCCAAAGGUGAAACUAAAGACGACGGCAAAGAUCUAUUUGGAUAUGAUAGCUCGUGGGCCCGAUCAUAAGAAUGCCACGUGUCUUUUUAGACACCAAUCUUCUUACGCAAAAAUGAAAAAAUGGCCGCUAAAAGGUGAAUGUCCAAGAGUGAGAGAAAUUAUUGAGAACUCAGGUUUGUAUGCUGCGGUUGAGAACUCCGUGAUUGCGUAUGACAAUGCUGCAGUAUCAUGUUUUUGUGAGAGGUAUUAUGGUGAAGUUGAUACAUUCCAAUUCCCUUUUGGCGAGAUGGCAUUGAUUCCCGAAGAUGCAAGACAGAUUCUAGGAUUGCAGGUUGAAGGAAAAUAUACGGGUGAUAAGUUCAAGAAAAUCCUAGAUUGGGAUAAAAUAUAUGCAUUGACAAAGAAGUUAUUUGGUUGGGAUAAAGAUACAACGUUUGGACUUUUCGUCAAGGGAAAAAAGUACCCAAAGAGAGAGUUUAAACUCAAAACUAUUAGAAAGAUGUAUGCUGGGUCACUUGAGAGAGACGGAGUCAAUCAACUACUAUCUGUUUUUGAAGUUCGUGUGACGGCAGCCGCAUACUUGUUAUAUGUCCUUGGUUCGGUUAUAUUUCCUGAUAGCAAAAGAAAUAGAGUAAGCGUCAACCUUCUUCAACUUUUGGACCCUUUGGAGGAAGUGAGUAGGUAUUCGUGGGGGACUGCUAUAAUAGCACAUUUGAACGCUGAGCUAGCAAAGGCAUCCCGGGAACGAACUUCUCAAAUGAACGGGAAUUUGGCUCUUCUUAGACUAAAUUUUGUGUGGAUUUACAAACAUUUCCCUUCAUUGAUUAAAGGCGAUGAAGACGUCGAAUUUGAGCCAACAUAG